UAUUCUCUUUCAACUUUUUCUCUUCUAUAUAAAUGCCUCACGAUCCUCAUCUAAACCCAUUAUCAAUUUCGCCAAGUUCUUCUGUUCUGUUUUCUGCGAAAAGAAUGGAACCCAAAUUUGCUCAUCCUUACCCACCUCCAGUGAUGCCUCCUCCACAGUAUUACGCACCCCCUCCAAGAAGAGAACCUGGUUUUCUUGAAGGAUGUCUUGCAGCUUUGUGUUGUUGUUGUCUCCUAGAUGAAUGCUGCUGUGAUCCCUCAAUUGUAUGCAUAGACUACUAAGAAAAAAAAAUAUAUAGACACACACACACACACACACACACAUAUAUAUAUUACACAAAACUCAACAGUCCUUCUAAUGUUAUGUUGUAUGAAAUAUUACAUCAAAUUUAAUUAGAUAUAUCUGUUGUUUUCACUACAA